AUGGCCCCGGCCGCUACCAACCUUCAACCAUCGAACUCUCCCCGGCACUUCCAGAGACGCCGACCACUGAUACGGCAUCUAGGCCACGUCGAGCUUCCGCUACGUCCAACGCCCCUUCGUCGUACCGAUGCCCUCACCACCUUUAAUGACUUCACUGCGCCACCUCGAAAGCCGACACCGGUCACGGAGAGCAGAGGAUUGGCUGGUGAUCUAGUCCAGCAGGGUCUAAGCAGCCUCUACACAAGAUUCAAGGAAGCUGUUGGCGGGGGUGCCUCCAAGCCUAGCUAUGAGACGGACGACUCUAUAUUGCAAGAGCCCGGUUCAAGACGGAACUCUGCGAUCUCGAACGUAGACCUCAGCAUUGCUAUACCUUCUCCGUAUGCCAGCACGGGGCAUGCUUCCUCCACCCUCGCUGCUGAAAUGUCCCCAACCGGCGUGCUUGCGAAUCAAAAUCACCUAGGCCCAGCCGGUACAGCUUCCGGCGCAAAAGUCUCCUCUUCCGGUCGCGCGAGCAUAUCAGGCGCCACACAUGUUCUCGCAAGUAUGGGUGCAGACGGCUCCGAACAGACUAGCCUACCAACUGAACGGGCCCCCAGCUCUGCUCGCAUUACGCGAGACGAGACGACUGGCGCUGAUCUCGUCGGCGAAUUACCGCUUAGCCCUGUCAAGUCCACCGCGGCAUCUUCGAUUCAAUCACAUGAUCGUCGUCCUUCUUCCGUGACUCCGGGAGCCUUGGGACGGACGCCUGUCGUCAUUGAGCGCAUUGCCAGGCCGCGCUCACCGACUCAUGGGCGGUCUCACUCACACUCCUCAUCAAUGGCCGCCAGCGUUGUCGAUACCGCCCAGGUCAACACUGCAGCGCAAAUCUCCCGUUAUCGCGAGCCAAAGGCCAACGACAAUCGCCAACCAGCACUUCAUCCCAACGACCUUCGGGUCAUCAAUCGUCGAUAUGACACAAGCGGUUCUGACGACUCUGCGGAUGACUCCUAUCUCCCGGCGAUCUUUCGCUCCAACCCCGAACACUCUAAUACGGGACACAAGGUAACCAGGUUCGUCGAGCCUAGGCCUACUGUUCCUGAGGACGGACCCUCAUCUUCUUCACAAGCUUUGGAGAGGGGUGAAAAGCAAUACGAUCGCUCAGCCCCAUUUCGUAAGGGCCUGCACGAUGAGUUACACCGCAAACAUCAUUUCCCUGCUUUCCACGAAGACAAUAUCAUCGACCCAGACCUGGCAGCCUACAUGUCAGAUGAAUCCAGUGCUGAUGAACAAAUGGGCAUUUUCGCUACCAUGUCUAGCGCAGACCUCCAUUCCACAAGCUUUGACGAAAAGGCAAACUUUGGCCCCCUUUACGCGGCGGGGAAGAGGCACCGCGCUCGUGACAAGAGUAUCAGCGGAAUGAGCUUCACGAGCCGAGGUCUUGACGACACGAUUGGUAUCGGCGGCCAUUUUGGCCACCGUGCUUCGAGAAGAAGGAAUCUGAGCAACGUGAGCAACAGCGUGCACCAUAUGCGCUCCCCACGACCGAAGUCGGGAAUUUUCAAGGGGCCCUCCACAUCAAACGACAUGGUCUCCUCCUUUGAGAACCCGUCUCAAGAAACCACCAAGCUGACGAGAAGUGAAUCUCUACGGGGCGAAAAAGCGCCGCAGAUGGAGUUGAACCCUUCUAGUAAACGACACGUGCAGAAGCUGCUUCGCCAGCUGCUUGAAGACGCUAGUGUACCUAAUCCUGCUGCUUGGGAAAAGGCUCUAAUCCCUAUUCUUAUACAAUGCACCGACGAUGUUACUCCUGACAUACCAGGCGGAAAGCCAGGGGAUACGAGUUACGUAUCAGGACUCAUCUUUACCAAGAACCUUGCGCUCAAAAAGUACCAGAGACACCAGCAGCAUUUUAUGAGCUUGCAGCCCGUAAUCGAGCAAGAAAAGGAAUAUCUGCGCGUCGUGGUGAACAGGAUUGUCAAGCUCAAUCCCCAGGUCCUUUUAUCUGAGAAAGGGGUCUCUGGUAUGGCGCUGGAAAUGUUAUCGGCUGCUAACAUUGCUGUCGCAUACAAUGUCAAGCCAUCCGUGAUCGAGGCUGUUGCGAGGUGUGCUGAAACGGACGUUAUCUCGUCUCUGGACAUGCUCGCGCUGCACGUUAGAGUCGGGCAGUGCGACGGCUUCGAAGUGAAGACUUAUGUCAACAACAGCUAUCGCAACAGGAAAAAGUCGUACAUCUUCUUAUCCGGUUGUAAUCCGAGCCUCGGUUGCACGAUUGCCUUGCGGGGCGCCCCUACUGCAAUCCUUUCGAGCGUGAAAAACAUCACGGAUUUCAUGGUGUACGUGGUGUACAACCUUAAGCUUGAGACUUGCCUCAUGAGGGACGAGUUCAUACACCUACCAACCGAGGAAUUCGACUUUUCUCUACCGUCAACGAUGAGGCAGACGACGGAUGGUAGUUUUAGCACCUCCAUUCAAACCAGGCAAUCUGAUCACACCGGGCCCGGUCCCACUGUGGUCAUCAAUGCACCAGAGAGCGAGCCGCCUUCGCAAACAGCUAUGGAUACGGGGAGCGACGUCCCCGAAGAUAUCCCAAUGCCUACCUAUUAUAGCGAUAUGGUCGCGAGGUACGAGACGAAGAUCCUCUCAGCUUCGCCAUUUGUGAAGUUCGCCCAACCGUACCUACUGAUGCGGGCUCGGGAGCAAGAGAGACGUCUAGUUUAUCUCAAGCGGUUGAGAGACCAAGAUCUAACUGAGAAACCUGACGACCCGGAAGCGUCAGAAGUGCAGCCCUUCCAGCUCAUUAAGCCAGAGACGGUCCAUUCCCUUGGCCAAAAGGCUCCAGGCCAGCUCAAGGAGAUCAUCCAUGCUGUCCACGAUGCCGAGUAUGACAAGGCACUCCACAAUUACCAGACCCAUAAGCGACAAUGGGAGAAUUACAUCCAGGGGAACAUCAAUCUAUUUGAUCCUUACUCCCAUCAAAACAUCGUUGUGCUGUAUUCUGUCAUCUGCACAGAGACUAAAAUUCCAUGCGUCGAACCCGGUUUGAUCACCAUUGGUUUCUAUGACGAGCAGCACAUGGAUACCGGAAUGGACCCCGACUGCACGUUGGGGCAGUAUAUCGAGGACCUGUGUAUCUCGAAAGAAUCUGUUUGCGCGUCCAACGGCUGUGAUAAGCCAAUGCUAGAGCAUCAUCGCACGUAUGUCCACGACGAAUCCCGAAUUACAAUCUUUCUGGAGGCCGCGCCUGAGGCGCCAUCACCACAGACGUUCGAGGAUAUCACUAUGUGGAGUUACUGCAAAGUUUGCGAAAAGGAUUCUCCUGCUAUGCCCAUGUGUGAGAGCACUUGGAAGUACUCUUUUGGGAAAUAUCUUGAGCUUCUAUUCUGGAGCAGAGGCCUACGUCUAAACGAAAAGGCGAACUGCCCCCAUGACCACCACAAGGAUCACAUUCGGUACUUCGCAUGGCACAACACGCGGGUUAGGAUCCAUUAUGAUCCGAUUGAUCUGUUGGAGAUUGUUGUACCUCGCUCACGCAUCACGUGGAAGGUUGAGAACGAUUUAAACUUGAAGAAUGACAUUUACACGAAGACGGAGGAGAGAUGGAACCGUUUUAUGGUGUCUGUGACAUCACGCCUCAAGAAUAUUCGCAUAGACGUCGUCCUUCCAGAAAAGGCCGAAGCGUGCAAGGCGGAAGUUGACAAGCUAACGAAGAAGGCAGCCGAUGACCACGCACGGCUCAUCCGCCGGAUGCAGCAGAUCUAUGUUAACUCCAAGUACUAUGAGGUUAUCCCCUUCAACUCGGCCAUUCGCGAAAUGCUUGGAGUCGCCGGGGAGUGGGAUACUGCCUUCGCGCAAUUUGAAGCCGACUUCCUCCCAGAUAAGGACGUGCGCCAGUUGACCGUGUUGCAGUUGAAGAAAAUGUUCACGGAUAACGAAUCGCGGGAAGACCCGACAACGCCGGUGCAGCUCCCCAAGGCGUUGACGGAGGCUGACGAAAUCAUGGAGCGUGUUGAGCCUCUGGAUCUUGCUACCCCCGCACCGAUCACGCCGCAUCAUGCGGCGUUCAUCUCCCCGUCGCCAGCAAACCCUGCAACGCCUGGCUUCUCAGUUGAUGAGAAUCCCGGUCUGCAGUCAGAGGCUGGCCCCCACGACCUUGCCCUCCUGAGAGGCCCGCUAUCUCCGAGGGCGGCAGCAAUAAUUUUAGGCAACUCAUCCUCAGACAAGUCUUUAAAGGAGAAGGUUGAGCAACUGAAGCGCAGAAAUCAAAUGCUACAGGAUGAGCCAGGACCCAUUGUUCGUCAAGCGACCGCAGAAACAGUGAAAAGCAUGAUUCCAGAGCGCAUCUCUUCGCGCAAGCUUGGUGCAAGCAUUUCGCCGCCGAUGAUUAGAUCUCUGACGCAGCCCAAUGUUCGACAACUGCCCAAGGCACAUGGACUGCGACUGAUCGAGGCCCCCACGAUUGAAGAGGGCGCACUUAAAGUCGAAAGAAAACUAUCCGAUCGGAUUGCCGGAGCCUUGAAGUCUCAGUCAAAAGUCAGCACGCUGGCCAAGCAUUUUGAGCAACUCAGCCGCGAAUUCGAGAACCAGCGGAUCCGCGAUCGAAAGAAGAGGGCAGAGAAGAUGAAGCAACGCCAGCCUCGAACGGUGCUACCCCGAACCUCUACUGCUGCUAUCGUCGAAGUGUACGAAGAUGUCGACGAAGCGGUCCAGGAACACGGUCAGAUCGAGAUAGAGCGACAGCCUAGCCCAGACGUGUUAGAGAUGGCUCCGGCUAGAGGCAGAGGUAAAGGCAAAGAGCCGCAGGCCUUACCAAGGAGCGACACGGUCACGCCGACAGCCACGCCCCAAAGUGAGAUUCCACCCCAGGGACCUACCGACGGUUUAGGUUCCGCCCACGCGGAAAAAGAGGCGAGCAGGUCAGCGAUCGAAACCGGGGCGGACACCGAGGCGGACACCGAGGCAGACACUGAGGCGGACACUGAGGCAGAGACCGAUGCAGUCGAACCCAGCCGAAACGGUUCUGAUGAAGAAAACGGCAGCGAUGGCGAGCGGUCUCAGGAUGACGAUCUCUUGCGAAACGUCAAGGAGAUUGCGGACUCUCUUGAACCAUCAACAGAAGAGCUUCCGAAGCAUCAGAAAACGAGCUUGCUCAAAAUGCUUACCAACUUCUGGGCCGAGCGGUCAUCGAGUGGAUGGCAGCCGCUAGACUAUCCCGUGGGCAUGGGAGACCACGUCUUUAUGGACUCAGAUGUGGUGGUGCGCGAGGACGAGCCUAGCUCUCUCAUCGCGUUUGCGCUCAGCUCGGAGGAUUAUCAAGCGAAGCUUGCCAAUAUUCGCCACCAGUGGCACCUACAAAUUCAUCGGAGCGGCGACGAGGACAUGGCCGAACCUAGGUCUGUGUCUACGUCGGGCAGUGGCCUGUUCCUGCCAGAGUCUCACGACGAGGACCUGGAGAAGGGUCUCCUGCGGUCGACUGGUACUCACCUCAAGUAUCAGUUUACCGAAGGCUCGGCUCGGAUGACGUGUAAAAUAUUCUACGCAGAGCAAUUUGACGCUCUUCGGCGAAAAUGCGGGGUUGCGGACCGCUUCGUGGAGUCCAUGUCGCGCUGUCUCAAGUGGGACUCCCGGGGUGGAAAGACUAGGGCGGUGUUUUUGAAGACCCUGGAUGACCGGUUUGUUCUUAAAUCUCUCUCGUCGGUGGAGACGGCGGCGUUCCUCCGCUUUGCCCCCUCAUACUUUGGCAUCAUGGCGGAAGCGCUCUUCCACGACCUACCAUCAGUCAUCGCCAAGAUGGUUGGGUUCUUCCAGCUCUUUAUUAAGAAUCCAAUGACCAGCACGGAUAUUCGCCUCGAUCUACUUGUCAUGGAAAAUCUCUUUUACGACAGGUCACCAGGCAAGAUAUUCGACCUCAAGGGUUCCAUGAGAAACCGCAAAAUCCAAUCGACUGGCGAGCAGAAUGAGGUCCUCCUUGACGAGAAUAUGGUGGAAUAUAUCUACGAGUCGCCACUCUUUGCCCGAGAACAUUCAAAGAAGCUCCUGAGAGCAUCUGUCUGGAACGAUACGCUCUUCUUAGCUAGACAGAAUGUCAUGGACUACUCCCUCAUGAUCGCGAUCGAGGAUGAGAGGAAAGAGCUCGUCGUCGGCAUCGUUGAUUGCAUCCGGACGUAUACUCUAGACAAGAAGUUGGAGAGCUGGAUCAAGGAUCGAGGAUUUGCGGGCGGAGGCCGCAACCGACCGACAAUCACCAGCCCAAAGGAAUAUAAGUCUCGGUUCCGAGAGGCAAUGGCAAGAUAUAUUCUACAAGCACCCAACUGCUGGCAUCAAUUCGGCGGCGUCUCUACGGGACUCAAGCCGCGGUUCGAAACUGACAUCCAUCACGAGUAA